AGCAAUGGGUGCUCUAAGCAAACUGGGAUCCGGUUGCUUGCUUCCGACUGUCCAGCACAGUCUGGAACAAGUAUGGCAGCUCUUACUCAUCUGCCUAGUUUGUAGGCUGUUGUGGAGACUGGAGAGUUGCACAUGAUGGAUACAACAACCUGGCAUAAAAUGAGAGGUUCCCAGAUGGUAGUGGCCAUGAAGGCAGUUUCUCUUGCCUUUGACUUGGACAAAGGCAUAGUGGAGAAAUUUCCCUCUCCAGUUGAGUUUAUGGGCUACAUUUACUUUGUGGGGACGGUCAUCUUUGGGCCUUGGAUCAGCUUCAAUAGCUACAUGGAUGCAGUAGAGAGUCGAAAACUUAGUGUCUCUUGGUUUUUGAAGUCAGUCUUCAGCUGUGUGAAGAGUCAGCUCUGUCUGGUAAUUUCCAACUGUAUUGUACCCUAUCUCUUUCCAUAUUUCAUCUCGGUCUUUGGAGACAAGCUGCUCCGCAACAAGAAGCGAAAGAUUAGGGGCUCUGUUAAAAGGUGGCUACAGGCCUAUGAGAACACCCUGUCCUUCCAUUUCAGUAAUUACUUUGUGAGUUACCUUGGUGAGAUGAGCACCACACUGGCAGGUGCUGGUUUCACUGAGGAGAAGGACAAUCUUAAGUGGGACUUGACAAUAGCAAAGCCGCUAAAUGUAGAGUUUCCCAGGUCUAUGGUCGAAGUGGUCACUUCCUGGAACCUGCCCAUGUCCCGCUGGCUUAACACAUAUUGUUUAGGAAGGCUCUCAUUUAUGGGAGCUUCACAGCCAUUAUCUUGACAUACACAGCGAGCACCCUGCUACAUAUGAGUGCAUUUUGGCUCAAUUCAUUUGAACUGAUUGCAUUCUUUCUCAGGUGUAAGUACAAUAUUGUAUUUCUGUGCCCACAGGGUCUAAGCUUCCACAUUGGGGCAGUAUUAUUUACACUAGGCUUCAUAACAUAUAUUAAACAUGUGCUUAGGAAAAGAUUGUCGGUCAUUUUAAAUGCAUGUGUCCUCUCCAAGAGAUGCCCAUCUGACUGCAAACACAGAUAUA